AUGGAUGAAACCGUGGGUUGCUCAUCGCCCAAGUUCUGGGUUUUAUCUGUCAGAGGAAAAGCGGUGGAGAAGAAAGAGAAACCACAGGCGGACAAAGAGGCCAGCGCUCCCCCGAAACCCUCACUCCCUCCUAAAGUAUACCCUGAAAUAGAGGAGCCCCUGAGUGGCCACUCCCCCCUGCUGACUGGCUGGAUCCCAUACCCCCUCCUUACUCUCCUCAACCCCAGCCUAUGCCUGCACCCUCUGCACCCCCAGCUCCUGCCCCGAAUAUUCAGUAUUAAAAAGACCUUUGGGAAAAAUAAAAGACAAACUCUGGUAAUUGGAGACACUGGACAAAAACAGUAUCCCUGGACCACCUGGAAGAUGGACCUUGGCAAGAACCAAGUGUCUCACUCAUUCUUAGUAAUUCCUGAGUGCCCUACACCCCUGCUGGGCAGAGACUUGCUAACAAAAUUAAAAGCUCAAAUCACCUUUACCCCCUCAGGUACAGAAUUGACCUGGGGGUGGGGGGGAGAGAAACCUCAAACCUUAAUAAUGUCCCUGCAUCUAGGAGAAGAGUACCGGCUAUUCCAAAAAACAGUAACGCCCCCUAGAGGGCUACAGGACUGGUUGGAUCGAUUUCCCCAAUCUUGGGCUGAGACAGGAGGGAUAGGGAUGGCAAAGCAAGCGCCCCCCCCCAUAGUCAUAGAACUCAAAUCUGGAGCUACACCUAUUGGGGUUCCACAGUACCCCAUGAACAAAGAGGCAAGAGAAGGCAUAAGGCCACACAUUGAAAGACUGAUACAGCAGGGAAUUCUAGUCCCCUGCAGGUCCCCAUGGGACACUCCGCUCCUACCAGUAAAGAAACCAGGGACUAAUGAUUAUUGCCCCAUCCAAGACCUCAGAGAAGUUAAUAAAAGAGUACAAGAUAUCCACCCUACAGUGCCAAAUCCCUAUAAUUUGCUCAGUACACUACUACCUGAACGGACUUGGUAUACUGUUCUAGAUUUAAAAGAAGCUUUUUUCUGCCUGAGAUUACAUCCUGUUAGCCAGCCUUUGUUUGCUUUCGAAUGGUGGGACCUGGAGAGCAGGAGAAUUGGACAGCUCAUGUGGACAAGACUGCCUCAGGGGUUCAAAAACUCUCCCACCCUGUUUGAUGAGGCAUUACAUGGAGACCUUACCGCUUUUCGCUCUAAGAAUCCCCAGGUGACACUCUUACAAUAUGUAGAUGACCUCUUAUUGGCUGCAGAAACCUACGAAGAAUGUGAACAAGUAACCCAGAAGAUCCUGGCUGAGCUAGGUGAGUUGGGGUAUCAGGCUUCUGCCAAGAAAGCACAAUUGUGCCAGACAGAAGUGACUUAUUUGGGAUACGUCUUGAGAAAUGGGCAGAGAUGGCUGACUGAUGCCAGAAAGCAGACCAUGAUGCAGAUCCUGACCCCAACCACCCCCAGCCAGGUAAGAGAAUUCCUGGGGACAACAGGGUUCUGUAGACUGUGGAUACUGGGGUUCACCACCUUGGCAGCCCUGUUUUACCCUCUCACUAAAGAAAAAGGAGAGUUUAACUGGACUAGACAUCAGAAGGCCUUUGACAGCCUGAAAAGGGCUUUAUUACAAGCGCCUGCCCUAGCAUUGCCUGAUUUGACUAAGCCAUUUACUUUAUACAUUGAUGAGCGGAAGGGGAUUGCUAGAGGAGUUCUGACUCAGACUCUGGGGCCAUGGAAACGCCCAGUGGCAUACCUAUCUAAAAAGUUAGACCCAGUGGCCAGUGGAUGGCCCUCUUGCCUGCAAGCAAUAGCAGCAAUGGCUGUGCUGGUGAAAGAUGCUGAUAAGUUGACUAUGGGCCAAAAUGUGACUGUAGUGGCCCCCCAUGCCUUAGAAAGCAUUAUUAGACAACCACCAGACCGCUGGAUGACCAAUGCCCAGGUGAUACACUAUCAGAGCUUGUUGUUGACUGAGCGGGUAACUUUUGCCCCACCCGCUAUCCUUAACCCUGCUACUUUGCUGCCUGAUACUGAUGAAACCCCAGUUCACCGGUGUGAAAAGAUACUGGCUGGAGAGGUGGGAAUCCAACCCGACCUGACUGACCAACCAUGGCCGGGUGCACCGACAUGGUUCACUGAUGGAAGCAGCUUCAUGGUAGAAGGUAAGCGUCGGGCCGGGACAGCGGUGGUAGAUGGAAAGACUGUUAUAUGGGCUAGCAGUUUGCCGGAAGAGACAUUGGCCCAGAAGGCAGAACUUAUCGCCCUAGUACAAGCUCUAAGACUGUUAGAAGGAAAAAUUAUUAACAUUUUCACUGAUAGCCGGUACGCUUUUGCCACAGCCCAUGUGCAUAGGGCAAUUUAACAGCGUGGACUGGUGACAUCUGCUGGUAAAGAAAUUAAAAACAAAGAAGAGAUUCUCAGCUUAUUAGAAGCUAUUCAUUUGCCCCGCAAAGUGGCUAUCAUACACUGUUUGGGACAUCAAAAAGAGACUGGCCCAAUAGAAAAAGGAAACCAACUGGCAGAUCACAUGGCAAAAGAAGCGGCACAGGGACCGAUGAUCCUAUUAGGUAGAGAAAGACAUAGACCUUGGCAAAAUAUUAAGAGGACAGGAGGUGUCCUCUCUGGGAAAGAGGCAUGGACUUACUUGACUGGCAUACAUCAGUUUACCCACUUAGGACCAAAAAAGAUGAUAAAGCUGGCCAACAAAUCUCCCUAUCAUAUGCCACGGCUACGGCAAAUGGCUACAGACAUCGUAAAAAGUUGUAAAUCUUGUGCUUUCACCAAUGCUGGCUUCAGCCGAGGCCUAGAAGGAAAACGGCUGAGAGGAGACCGACCUGGGACAUAUUGGGAGGUGGACUUCACUGAGGUUAAGCCUGCCCGAUAUGGGAAUAAAUAUCUGGUAGUUUUUAUAGACACCUUUUCAGGAUGGGUUGAGGCGUUCCCUACCAAGAAAGAAACAGCCAAUGUGGUGGCUAAGAAGAUACUGGAAGAAAUUCUACCCAGGUUUGGAGUACCAAUGGUAAUUGGGUCAGACAAUGGGCCAGCUUUUGUCUCACAGGUAAGUCGAGGGCUGGCCAGACAACUGGGGUUCGAUUGGAAAUUGCAUUGUUCGUAUAGACCUCAGAGCUCAGGACAGGUAGAAAGAAUGAAUAGAACCAUAAAAGAGACCUUAGCAAAAUUGACCUUAGAGACCGGCAGGGGUGAUUGGACAGCUUUUCUCCCCCUUGCACUGUUCCAGGUACGGAACACCCCAGGACCUUUGGGAUUGACCCCCUUCGAAAUCAUGUUUGCACCUCCUCCAAUAUAUGAGACAUUAGAAAGCGGCUCUGAUGACGGUUCUAUCCCACCAUCUUCUCUCCUAGCCCAUCUCAGAGCUCUAGAAACAGUCAAGAAAGAAAUCUGGGAACAACUGAAAGACACCUAUGUCCCUGGAGACACGGCUGUUCCCCACAAGUUUGAAAUUGGAGAUGCAGUGUUGAUACGGAGACACCGUACAGGGAACCUCGAGCCACGGUGGAAAGGACCUUACCUGGUACUGUUGACAACCCCAACCGUUAAGGUAGACGGGAUUCCCCCUUGGGUCCAUGCCUCACACAUCAAAAGAGCUCCCCCUGAAGUUAACCAAGAUGAGUGGAUUCUGGAAAAGACUGAUAAUCCCCUUAAGCUGCGCCUUCGCAAUAGGCAUUUCUCUGGUGAUGGGAAAUAAUCCCCACGCUCCCCAACAACUCACCUGGCAACUUAUAGAUACAAGAACUGGAACUGUCAUAACCAGUGCACAGCGAAUUGCUCCCCCCGGCACUUGGUGGCCAAUCUUAUACUUUUGUUUCCGACAGAUCAACCGUGUAGUUGCAAGUACUCUCCCUAACAUGGUAUACAGGUAUGGGUUUUAUAGCUGUCCUGAGUUUGAUAGAGGCAAGUAUUGUGAUGG